AUGGCAAUGACAUCGCGGUUGUAUACCGCUGCCUAUAGUUCAAGUGAUGAUGAAUCAAGUGACGAAGUUUCGGGAAAGGUCCCCGUGAAGCGCUUCAUGCGCCCUGUCCAAAGCGACAGCGAAGAUGAGAAACGUGUUGUGCGUAGCGCUAAGGACAAGCGUCACGAAGAAAUACAAAGUAUCUUGAGGAACCUCAACAACCAUAAGAAAAUCAAAGAUAUGUCCAAGGUUGAGACCGACUUUGAUGAGCUAGUAAAAGUAUAUGAAAAAGCUCAUAAGAUGAACGAAGUUGAUAUCUAUCCGAAGUUUUACAUCCGAGUUCUCGCUCAAAUGGAAGACUUCGUAAACGAAUCGUGGAGUCAAAAAAAGACACUUAGCAAAAUUGGGGCCAAGUCGCUCACUGUCCUUAAACAAAAAAUCCGGAAAUACAACAAAGACUUUGAGGAACAAAUUAAAAAAUAUCGCGAAAAUCCUGAGUUGUAUGAGGAAGAGGUUGAGGAAGAAAUUGAAGAAGGAGAGGAAUCGGCGGCGGAAGAGGAAGCUGGUGCCAAACCUGGGGCAGCACCCAUAUCUAAGGGCUCAGAUGAGUUCUCCGAUGAAGAUGACGAUGAUUAUUUUCGAACCUCUGAUGAAUCGGAAUCAAGUGAUAGUGGUCCCGAUAUUGACAUGGAACACCCUUACAAUUACUUUCUCAAAGUUGAAGGAAAGCCUAAGAAGGAGGAGACGAAGAAAAAGGCCCCCAAGCCGAAACCUGUUAAACAAGUAACAAAGCUCAGCAGCGAGGAGAGUGGUGAUGAAUGGCGUGUUGUUGCUCCAGGUGAUGGUUCUGCGCUUGAGCCAAUGGUGCAAGCCUUUGAAAAGGGUGUGGAAGUAACUCAGGAGCUGGUGUUUAAAAAAAUCACUGAAAUUAUUGCCAAUCGUGGCAAGCGUACCUCCAGCAUUGCCGAACAGAUUUGCCUUCUUGAUCAAGUUUGUCAGAAAACUGAAGAAUUGCGUUUUGGUGUUGGGAUCAACGUGAAAGCUAUAUUGUCCUUAAUCACAGUACUCUUCGACUAUGAGUCUAGGCAUCCUGCGUUCAUGCCAGUUGCGAAGUUCCAAAGAGCCAUUGAGCAGCUCAAAAAACUUUUUGAGAUUCUGAAAAACAAUCCUAAAGAUUUGGAGGUAUCAGAGUCUAUCACAGAGGAGACUGAAUCCGUUUUGGAACGUCCGUAUCGGAUCCGUGGCUCAAUUUUGGGUUGUGUCAGUCGACUCGAUGAUGAGUACUUUAAGAUUCUGCAGAAUGCCAAUGGUCAUGAAAUGGAGUACGACGAAAGGCUGCGAGAUGAGCCAAGAGUUUGCGAAUUAAUCGACUUGCUAAUCGAGUACCUCGAACGGACUAAGGCCCCUUCUGAGGCUUUGUGUGUGGCCUACCUACGCAAAGUUGAGCAUUUGUACUAUAAAUUCGAUUUUGAGUGGGGAAAGAAAGUGGAGUCUGAGGGGUUCGAGGCCGCGGGAUUGAAUCCGUACUACGCAGUGGUGGAAAGACUCUGUCACUACAUCUACAAGAAUGAUAAAACCGAUCGUCUUCGCACGCGUGCAAUCCUCUGCCAUAUCUAUUUCCUCGCUUUAUUCGAUCAUUGGUAUAAUGCACGUGAUCUUAUGCUUAUGUCCAACCUCCAGGCCACCAUUGAUCAUGCUGACCACUCCACUAUGAUCCUAUACAAUCGAGCCAUGGUACAAAUGGGUCUGUGUGCAUUCCGCCAAGGUCACAUCAAGGAUGCGCACUCCGCCCUCUCUGAUUUGACCGGUUCCAGCAAAAUUCGUGAGCUACUUGCUCAGGGUCAGCGCUAUGAGCGCACUCCGGAAGAAGAGAAGCGUGAAAAGGCUCUCCAAAUGCCCUAUCAUAUGCACAUUAACACGGAACUCAUUGAGACUGUUUUCCUUAUCUGUGCUAUGCUGCAAGAGGUCCCUAUUCUUGCCGCUUCUCAGGACGACACACGAGCGCGCGUCUUCAGCAAGGCCUUUUCGACCGUCUUGAGGAUUCACGACAGAGCUACUUUGAUUGGUCCGCCAGAGUCUCCAAGGGAUCACGUAAUCGCUGCUUCUAAAGCCAUGCGGUUUGGCAACUGGCGCGGUGCUACCAAGUACAUUUUCAGCCCUAAAAUGGAUGCCAAGAUUUGGGUGUUGUUCUAUGACCCUAAAAGUGUGAGGAAGAUGCUGGAGGCGAAGAUUAAGGAAGAGUGUUUGAGGUGUUACCUGUUUGCCUACUCCUCGGUCCAUGAGUCAGUUAGCCUCUCUAGGCUGGCUGAACACUUCGAGUUCCCCAGAUCUCAAAUCUACUCUAUCAUUAGCAAAAUGAUAAUCAAUCAGGAACUUGCCGUAGGUUUAUCCUUCCAUCUCAUUCUUGUUAGUGAAUAUUAUAACUGGUCUAGCAUUAGUGUCACCCAAUACCCUGGUUUCAUGGGCAUUAUGUCUGAAGUAAUCAACUGCUUGGUUCUCUUUGUCAAGGCCUCAUUAGAAGUUCCUGCGGACUUUCUCACGAUGCAUAAGGGUGAGCGAUCCCGACUACAAAACCUGGCUAUUCAACUGGCGGACAAGGUGAACAGCAUUGUGGAGAUGAAUGAGAAGCUGAUUGAUAAUCGCGGCGGCAUGAUUUCUGGGCCUAAAGGCAAUUACUUUAUCUUUUCCACCUUACUUUUAUCUUCCCACUUUAUAAUGCUUUUUUUCUAUUUUGGGGACAUGUCUGGACGUGGAAAGGGCGGAAAGGGUCUUGGCAAAGGCGGAGCGAAACGUCAUAGAAAGGUUCUUCGUGAUAACAUUCAAGGGAUAACUAAGCCUGCUAUUCGUCGUCUUGCUCGUCGCGGCGGCGUGAAGCGCAUUUCUGGUCUUAUCUACGAGGAGACUCGGGGUGUACUUAAGGUCUUCUUAGAGAACGUCAUUCGUGAUGCUGUCACGUACACCGAGCACGCAAAACGCAAAACUGUCACGGCUAUGGACGUGGUCUACGCGCUGAAGCGCCAAGGACGCACGCUCUAUGGUUUCGGCGGCUAG